CGUGGAUCUCAGACCUUUUCGGAGCCUUCGGGAAUUUCUGCUGGUGGAAGCCGCUUCAUGCUUUGAAGACCUGAGCGAACAAAGCUUCAAUUCUGCAUUCGGAUUCCGAAAGUCCAGAUUGGCCUGCACGAGGAAACAAAAUCCCGAUUCGUCCUGAACUGUCCGACCCCAGAAGCAGCCACAGCAGAAGCGUAGCCGCCACCGUCGGGUCGAGCCAGGUUCCAGUGGUGAUACGCUGGUGCUGGGACUGGAACUGGGGCCUGAAGAAUUGGGAGAAUUCCUCGAGGAAGCAGGAGACAUGGCGUCCGGAGCAGCUGAAGCUGCAGCUGCAGCGAAGCCCAUCGAGACUUCAUCAUCGGGAUCGGUGUUCCAGCCGCAGAAGCCCAAGGAGCAUUCGUCGGAGCUGACGCUGGCGGCACCACGUGCGGGCAAGGCGAACCACCACCACGGGCACUCGAACCACGUAGAAAUCGACGCCGACACGCCCGUGGAUGCGGUGCGAGCCCCGGGCUGCUUCAACCGCGUCAAAGAGGAGAUCGAAGCCAUCGUGGAGGACAUCGCCGAGAAGCUGCACCUGAAGAAACCUCCAUCUUGAGGCGCCACCUGCUGCCGCCGGUUCCUGUGCCGGUGCUGGUUCUUGUAUAUUCCGAAGCAACGAACGCCCGUUCUGCUCGCACAUACGUUCCUCCUCGACCACCGACUGACGUGUACAUUACGACUUGUGUGCAAACGGCAAUUUGGCGAGCAAGUUGUUGAUAUUUUUCUGAUACCACUCGAGCUGAGGCGAAGCUGGAGAACGCAAACUUGAGUUGUACGAGACAUUGCUCAGUGUCGAGUAGACGUGGGACUGCAACUGUUGUUACAACAGUGCAGAGUAUUCGAGUCUGUGGUUGUCAAGUCGUAGGCGUGUAAGUGUUAUUAGCUUACCGACUUGUGUUUCUCUCCCGACAGGCAAAUGGUGUAAUUUAUUUUUUCCUUCAU